AUGUCAGGAGAAUUUUACUUACAUUUUGAAGACGUUUUACCAAAAACUGGAUGGGGUUUAUACUACAAAUUCAUGAUUGGAAUGGCUUGUGCUUCGUGUUUUGCCAAUGCAUCUGCAUUUCUUUGUAUACCAAUAGCAAUUCCUCUGUCAUCUUGUGAAACGGAAAUCACUCCAAAUAUUUUAUACGCAGUUUUCAUCAGUUUUACAAUUGGAAGGAGUUUUGGUGGAAUUGUCGAUUGUUUUUGUGAUAUAUUUGGAAGAAAGAGACUUUUAACCCAGAGUUUAGUAGUGAAUUUUGUGACUACUUUCAUGGCAGCAUUCGCUUACAACAGUUAUAUGAUUAUUUUUGCAGUUUUCUUUUUAGGAAGCUCAUUGGAACACCAAAGAACAGUGGUAAAAAUUCAUCUAGCAGAAAUAUUACCAACGAAAAAGCGCGGACGUUAUUUAGCUUUAUGUGACUUAUUUUGGAUGUUGGGAUUUCUACAAGCUUCAGUUGUAGCAUAUUAUUUCGCUAGUCCAAGUUACGUGGAACAUAGAGUAAUUGACAUGCGGGUUACAACAUGGAGAAUGAUGUUUGCUAUAUCUGGAGGAAUCAAUUUGAUAUUGGCUUGUGCAACAGCUUUACUAGAAGAGAGUCCAAGGUUCUUUUUGCACGCUAAAAAGGAUUACCUAGCUGUGUUAACAUUGAAACAAUUUUACGCUAUCAACAAAUCUAGUUAUGGUAACUCUUUUGAUAUAAAAGAAGAUGACAUUAUGAACACCGUUCUUGACUAUGGUCUACUUUACCAAUCGGAUAAUACAGGAUGUCUCAGAAUAACGUUCGAUAUAAUGAGUAUGGUAGGAAAAGGCAUGAAAUUAUUAUUUUCAAGACCAUUUUUAACAGUGACGUUACCCCUAAUAGCUCUUCAAACUUCCCUUUCCAUUUUGAAUAUAGUGAGUAUGAAUAUUUUAAUGGCAAAAUUAGUAACAAGUGAAAAUUUGAGUAGUGGUCUCGAUGUUGUUUAUUUACAUCCAUAUGAAAAUAAUACAAUGUGUCCACGUAUAGGCGAGAAUAAGCUUUUCUAUAACUUUCUCAUGAUAUCUACUAACGUAAUAAUUGGAGAAAUUUCCGCGAUAUGGAUUUUAGAUCGCGUCGGUCGGAAAAUCCCUUUAUAUAUAGAAUGUCUCCUUAUGCCGAAAGGUUUCCUUAGCAUGUAG